AUGCUUAGAAACAGACUCCCUUUCUCUGCAAUGAGGAGCCUCAAAAAUUCCCCUCCAAGGGAUGCUUUUUUGUCUUCAGGAGGAUUAGGUUCUGCAGAAAAUCCUUUUCCAGAAUUACUCCUUUUUGCAGAACCUUCUGCAGAAAACUCUACUGUAUACAAUGCUUCCAUGGUAGAUGAGACUAGUCCUGAAACCAUUGCCCAUAAGGACCCUUCCACUGCAGGUUAUGCUGUGAUUGCAGACAACUUAAUGCCAACUGUUAACCAAACUAAUGAAACACAGUGUACUGACAUAGGUACUGACUUAACCUCCAAGCCUGAAGGCUCCUCUCUCCUGUUGCUCUCAUCCCCGGGUGAUCAAUUUGAAAUUCAGCUAACCCAGCAGCUAAGGUCCUUCAUCCCCAACAAUGAGCUCAUUGCUCAUGACAUCCAGACUUGGAAAAUGGACCUCUCUGAGCCCUACGUACAACUGGCCUGUGCCAAGCUGAUCUCCAGAACAGGCCUCCUGAUGAAGCUUCUCAGUGAGCAGCAAGAUGUUAAGGUGUCCAAGGCAGACUGGGAUCCAGACCAAUGGAAAACUGAGAACUCUAUCAAUGAGAGCAUGAAACUCCAGAGUGAGCAAAAGAAGCAGGAGUCAAACGAGCUCACAAAAGAAGUUCCAGGAUAUGGCUAUCACAACAAACUCAUCUUGGUUAUAUCUGUCUUUGUUGCAGUGAUGAUUUUGAUUAUAAUUUUCUGUCUUAUUGAGAUAAGGGCAAAAAUGAAUUCAAGUUUCCAGAUCCCUCGGUGA